AUGAUUGCUCAUAGAAUUCCCCGCCCUCCGCCCAAAAAGAUUCACAGGCAGCCGCCCACGGGAGCGGACCUGUGUUCCAAGCUCUCGCCAGCCCAGCGAGCACGGAAGGCCUUUGUAGAGAACAUUGAAGCCAGCCUGACCCAGCAGUCCCUGGCGAACUGCCUGAAUCUGGAGGAAGCUCUCCCUCCAGACCUCCUCCUCAAGGUCCUGGAAGUGCUAGAUCCUGACAGGAAGCUGGAGGACACGUGGGCACAUUGUGAGGGCACCAAGGAAAGAAAGAAGACCCCCACACACCUGUGUGAAGAACAUCCUGAGCAGACCAACCUGGAGCCUCCCCAGCUCAACCUGGAACCUCCCGAGGAGGACAACCUGGAACCUGAAGACCAAACCCACGUGCAAACGGCCAAGGAGAGCCUCCAGUCAUAUUUAUUCAGUUUGUUUCCUGAGGAAGAGACAAAUGCAAAAUGCACAACGGAUAUUCCCAAAGAUCUUGGGCUCCAAAAAUCAAGAAGAAGAAUUCGUGAAUUCUGCAGAUGGAUCGAUGAUAAUUUUGGAGACAUAGGCAUUGUUGAAGAGGACCUCAUGAAACAGUUUGAGGUUGACUUAGAGGUCCCACUCACCCAUAAUACAGUCAAAAUAAAGAAAAUAAGCCAGCUUCCUUUGAAGAUAAGGCCCUGCAAACAGCUAGAUGACAUACAGCAGAGAAAAUUCUCCCUGCAGGAAGGUAACUGGCAAAGGAAACUCCGAAAACCAGAAGACCCUCAUAAACCCAAACGGGAGAAGAUAAGGUAUGGAGCAUGGUACCUGGACCCCAAAUCCUGGAAAAAGCUGGUCAAUGGCCAGCCUCUGCCCGACCCUAAAGUCGUCCCUGACAAGGAACAUUUGACCGAUGGAAGGCAUCUUGAACCAGACAUUAUUGAUGAACUUUAUGGACCAAUUGCCUUCAAAGAUUUCAUUGUAAGCAAGGGCUACAGGAUGCCAGGUGUGAUUGAGAAGAUGUUUAUGAGGAAGGGAUGGAACUAUGAGUCUGUGAAGACUCCUAUACACCGAGUAAUGAAACUCCUCUCCAAACCCAAAGAGGAGGAUUCAGGGGACAAAGAGGAUUAG